UUUCCAGAUAUUUAUUUGUUUAUGAAGUAUACUUGUUCUGUCAAAUUUGAUUUUAUCUUAAGUUUACAUAAGAGCUGUAUUACAAGAGUUUUCCCAUUUGGAAGUACAUUAUGAAUUUGUAUAUAGUCAUAACAUUUGCCCAUUUAAUCAUCUCUCAAACAACUCUUGCUUCAAAACUUGAAGUAGAGUCACCUGGUAGCUCUGAAGCAGCCAAAAAUCAGCUCCAAAAAAUAUAUGACCAAACGAAGCACAUGCGUUAUGGCCAAUGUUGGAUGCAAGCACUUAGUGUUCUGCAGGCAGGGUGCAGACAACUGACCGAUGAGGUACAACGUAGGAUUGCUUAUGCCUUUGCUCGAUGUCAUUUGCAAGCUUCUGGUCGAGAUAUACCAGAAUGUCCUGAUGAAAAACCAAUUUCAGCGUGCACAGAUUCAGAAGCUAUACCUGAUAUUGCAUUCAACGCUUAUACUGAAUUUUUUACACAUACGCAGCAGAUUUGUUUUCAUCUUCAAAAUCAAGCAUGGCACGAAGCAACUGAAAACACUAUUUCACCUGCUGAUAAUUCUGCAGAGGUUGCUACACAGUUGGAAAACAGUGCAGAUGUAGCAAAAGAAAUGGUCGCUCAACAAAGUAAAUCUUUAGAAAAUCAAGAAAUUUUGUUACAAAAUGAAGAAAAAUUGAAGAAUUCGAUGGAAAAAUCAGUUUUGGAUGUGCAAAGAUCUCAUGCUGAGACCAAGGCUAUCAUAAGUGAACAACGGGCUCUUUUUAGCGAAGUUUUUGACAGAGUCGCAGUGUUACAAAAAACUGUCCUUGGUGAAUUUUCUAGCAUUUACACAUUCGGAUUCUACGUUGGUUCGACAUUGAUGGCAUACAUUCUUACAUCUACAACCAGAACUAGCAGUGCCAGAGUUUGGUUGUUCCUUAUUCUUAUGAUGAAUGCUGCAGCAGAACGUAUGAUUACUUAUUACUAUGUAAAUCCUAUUGAUGGCAAUACAAGUUUUGCUAGUGGAUCACUCAGUGCUAUGGUACCUGAAUUGAUUUAUGAACAAACGUGGCUUUGUCGACAAGUCUCUGGAUUUGCUCUUCUAGUUCUACUCCUUGUUUGUCGAUAUAAGGAUUACAAUCGCAUCAACAACUCGCUUUUAAAUGAAAUUAAACAACAAAAUUUAGAAUUGCAGAAUUAUAUCAAAGAAAAUAUCCAUGAUGUGCACAUAAUUGGUAAUUCAACUCAAUCUGCUUCAAUCAAUCUUAUCAAGACUGAGGAAAUUCUCGAUGAAAGUAUUGGGAAAAAAAUGCUUCUGGAUAAACAUCAAUCUGAUAUUAGAUCAGUUGCGACAUUGUCUCAUCGUCACGAACCAAAUGCAACCAUGUCCGAUGCAAAUACGACCAUUUGUCCAUCUAAUUUGACGAAAAUGACCAUAAACGUCAAAGAUUCGGAAGGAGAAGAGAGUGACUGCACUUUUCGUCAGUCGGAGGUCACAAAUGAUGUAUCAGAUGUAUCAUCUGCCACAAGUUUCAUGUCAGUUAGUACAAGAAGUACUCGAUCUCGUUCUGUAAGCGCUCGCAUCAAUUCGUCCAGACGUUCAUCCACUCCGCUGAGAGAUAUUAUUACGGAAAACCAAUCUAAAACAAGUAUGAAACGCUCCAAAAGGAAGAGCAGCAUUAUUUCAACGUUAAAUGACAGCGUUUCAAAUGUAAAUCCUCCAUCUUCUAGCUUUGUGGUUGGUGGUUAUAGUUUACGACGGCGACCCGAAUCUCCAAGAGUUAACCAUUCUAUUUUACGAACUGAAACAGUUGAAGAAUUCACAAGCUAUGUGUUGCAUGAUUUAGCUGAAAGAUCUGCUGAUAAAAGAAUGCAAAUAACGCAGCAUCUAGCUUCAAAGAAAUCAUAAUUUAGCAAUUAGGAAUUUUUCCAGCAACUUACAAACUUUUAUUUAUUUAUAAGAUAUGAACAUGCUUUCUGUAUUUUUUUCACUGAUUUUUAUACCAAGUUCCACUUGUCUUUUGUAUUUAAUAGUACCAAAUCAUGAAAAUGCUCUUUUUAUAAUCUUCAUCAUUGUUUGAAAAAUUUAUUUUCCCGGCAUUGUGAAACAAUUUACCUCCUGUUUUGUUCCAAUGAAUAAACAUAUUUUUACUCAUUUUUUAUGAAAAAACGUUUAGUUACCUACACAACUCAAAAUUAUAUUCAACCUAGUUUGUCUUCAGGUUCUCAGACUAUUUGUCUAACCGCUAUGGGCAUCAAUAUGAUCUUAAUAAUAUCUAAUAUUAUAUUAGGUUUUGGGUCCGUAUUUCGUGAUACUGGUACUUUAUUAAAGGAAAAUGUUCAAUUGCGUUAACAUAAUGAAGUAUUUUACUUUAAUCAGUACGUUGUGUUAUGUAUUGUUGACAAAUUUGUUGCUUUUAUAGUCUGUAGUUGCAUAAAAAGUGCCUACCAAAAGAAAGAAACCCAAACUUUUUAAUCGAAAAUGUAAAUUUUGUCAUCUGAAAAUUUUAAAUUUCUGUAUGAAAGCUGGUCUAGAAAUGAUGAUGCACAAUAUAUAAUACAGAUUGUUUUCGUUACUACUCUGAUGAAGUUACUUUGGUCUUUUUUUACAUUUUCUAAUCAUGCACGUUUGCCUCUCGUUUGCAG